CGUAAACCAUGGCCGAAGCCAGCCCUUGCUCCCCGCUGCCGCAUCUACCAGCGUCCCCACCACGCCAGUCUUCCAAGACCAACUACUUUCCCUCAUCACUAUCUCCAGUCCGUCAUUCCACCCCUAGUGCAUACAACAGCACGGGUAAAACAUGGUCGCCGAGGUCACCUUGCAUACGUGUCAACCUGUCGGCGCAAUUCGACGAGGCAGACAGCGACGACGGGCUUGAUUCCACGGCUAUCGACUCCGCCAAGACAGACUCCAGCACGAGUAGCAUUGAUCUCUCUGAGACGUUCCUCUUCACCUACAUCGAGGAAGGCGGCAGAGAUGUUGGUCCAGCGUCCGUCGCUGGCCGUGCGAGGUCAUCCGACCGACGAGCAGUUCCCACGACAUGUCCAACCUCUCCGGCGCGCGCAGCUCAAUGGACUAAACGUCGACUUGGAACAACUCGAACUACUCGUCGCGCUGCUGUCAUUCCAGCCAUGAAUCGGUUGCAUCGCCAGAACUCGCUCGUGUCCACGAAGCUGUUGGUGACCGUCGCACCUCUUGUCCCAUCUACCAGAAGUAAGACCAGUAUACCACCACGUUGGUUGCCAUUUGAGUCGUUUCAAAACGUGCGGCCGCUCGGGUCUGGCGCGCACUCGGACGUGUUUGCGGUGAUAGACGAUCAAGGUAUCCGGUACGCUGUCAAGAAAUCCAAGCAUAAACUUCGCGGACGCCGAGAUCGGGACCUUAGAUUGCGAGAAAUUCGUAUCUACGACAGGGUGCAAAACGAUUCGACCAAUGACUCGGACGGUGGCGUGCAAGAAGCUCGAUGUAGGCAGUACGUUUUGCAGUAUUUCCAUGCUUGGCAAGAGCAAGGCUACUUGUACAUGCAAACAGAGCUGUGUCCUCGGGGGGCUUUACCAAAUGCGAUACAGUCAUCCAAGCUGUCGGAAGCCCUGUGCUGGCGGAUUCUGCACGACGUCGCGUCGGGCUUGUCAUAUCUUCACAGCCGCGGUAUUGUGCACCUGGACAUCAAGCCAGCCAACUUGUUGGUCACGGCCACGAUGGUCAAAAUUGGAGAUCUCGGACUGGCCCAGUGUGAUUCACAUCAAGGGGAGAAUGGACUAACUACCAAUGAAGGCGACAGCGCGUACAUGGCCCCAGAACUGCUGCAGUCCACUGCUCGGCAACCAUCCGCAGAUAUCUUUUCCCUGGGCUUGACGCUGGUGGAACUCGCAACUGGCGUAGCGUUGCCGUCCCAAGGCCCGCAAUGGCAUGUCCUUCGCAGCGGCAGCUUGCCACAUCGGACUUUCGACACGGCGUACUCGGCUGAUUUUGACGUGUUGAUUCGACAAGUACGUGAGUUCGGGAUGCUACGAGUUGACCCAACCAAGCGACCCACAGCCCAAGACGUGAUGGCCCAUCCCAAAGUCAAUGAAGCUGCGCAAGUUGCAUUGUUUCCGAUAAUGAAAACAAGAUGACCUUCCAUUGCAAGUGCUCACUUUGUGGAGGGUAGGCAAAGUCGACGCUGCCAACAAAGAAGUAGUAAUUAUAAAGAGUUUUUCA